UUCUCAAAGGCCCCACAGUCCUCCACUUCCUGAGGAGGCAGCAGCACAAAGCAGAGACACCGCUGUCUUCUGGGUCCCAGCCAUGGCUGCCACAGCCUCGGCCUUCUGGUGCCACCCUGGGGGACAAGACAAGGUGAUGUGGAAGGUGCUCAUCAUCACGGCCCUGCUGCAGGCACAGCUCCCAGGAACAGAGGCACAGAGCUUUGGCCUGCUGGAUCCCAAACUGUGCUACCUGCUGGACGGAAUCCUCUUCAUCUACGGCGUCAUUGUCACUGCCCUGUUCCUGAGAGCAAAGUUCGGCAGGAGCCCGGCUGCCCCCGUGAGCCAGCAGGGCGCCAACCAGCUCUACAACGAGCUCAAUCUGGGAGGAAGGCAGGAAUAUGAAGUUUUGGAUAAGAGACGAGGCCUGGACCCUGAGAUGGGAGGAAAACAGCAGAGAAGGAGGAAUUCUCCGGAAGUCGUAUACAACGCACUGCAAAAAGACAAGAUGGCGGAGGCCUACAGUGAGAUUGGGGUAAAAGGCGAUAACCAGCGGCGGAGAGGGAAGGGGCAUGAUGCUCUCUACCAGGGGCUCAGCACGGCCACCAAGGACACCUAUGAUGCCCUCCACAUGCAGACCCUGCCCCCCCGCUAACAGCAUCGGGCAUUUCACCAAUCACAGGCCAGACCUGAAGACACCCAGAUUGUGAAAGACACAGGACAAAGCAUUUAUAACACAGUUCACUCAUAUUUCUUCACACCACGGUAUUCCUUUUUAUGAAUAGGAUGCUUCAUGUUGUAACAUUUGGUCGUAUCCAGUUCCAAACCAUCAUGCACAGAGCGUAGUCCCUGGACUCUUAGGGGAGUGCGUGCCCUCAGGGCCAUGGCCCCAUCCUUGAGGAGUGCGUGCUGAACCCCGCAGGUUCUCGGGUCUUCUGGUUUGUUGGAGACUGUGGACCAGCCCCUGCCCUGGAGGCUCUGGGCCCUCACCUGAGAGAUGGGUGCACACUCCUCACAGCCACAUUCAGUCCGUGUUUUGUCAAUUCCCCAGAGAAACUCAAAUGUUAGCACAUAUCCUAAUAGGCUCUGUCGUACUGUCACUAUGUGAGUAGCUUUGCUCCUGCUGUGAAUCUGGCUUCUGUUGUCAACCUGUGUCUUCAUUUCAACGCAACUUGUAACUGGGGGGAAGGGGCCGUUGUGCAUCCCCAUGAAAGAUCUGGGCAGAGGGGACGAUGGGAGGGGAGCAAGGAAAAGUCCACAGUGGAUGAAGCGGGGGGUGGGGGGAAGGGGGGCCCGUGGAGGUUUAGCAGGAGCAAGCCCUAUUCCAUCAGGUGUACAUUUCCUCUGGAGAGGUCAGUGUGGCCCAGGCACUCGGGGACCCAACAAGCCUGUGCUUGCCACCUUCCCCCCCCAGAGCUCACACUCUUUUAGGGAAGUGAGUUGAGAACAGCCCCAAGCAGAUGCAGCAACUGCCUUUACAGGUGCGAAGCAAGUGCAGGGGCGGAGGAAGGGGCCAGACCACACACUGUCCAGGCGCUCAUUCACGUCGCGCCCCAGGUGAGAGAGGCCGUCACUGGAAAGGCCUUGGCGGGAGGCUCAACCCCAUGCAGUCCUGCAGAGACCCCCCAACCUCUGAGGGUCGGCUCGUUGCCUUGUGAUUACAGGACAUGCACCUGUGAGUGGAAAACCCUCUCUGUCUGCUGGGUUUUAAUUUAUACUCAUUUGCUGAAGCCUUACUCUUUUGCAUAAUAAACGCUUUGGUGAAAACGCUU